AUGGGAGUGGGGCAGGUGCUGCUUGUGCUGUUGGCUGCCUCCGCGGUGAUGCCUGUGAAGGACCCAUUGCUGAACAUCUGUAUGGAUGCCAAACACCACAAAACCAAGCCUGGCCCAGAGGGGAUGCUGCAUGACCAGUGUGCUCCCUGGAAGGACAAUGCCUGCUGCACAGCCAACACCAGUUCAGAAGCCCACAAGGACCAAUCCAACCUGUACAACUUCAACUGGAACCAUUGUGGGCUGAUGCCACCCAAGUGCAAGCGCCACUUCAUCCAGGACACGUGCUUGUAUGAGUGCUCACCCAACUUGGGGCCCUGGAUUGAUCAGGCUGACAGCAGCUGGCGUCGGGAGAGGAUUCUUCAUGUGCCACUCUGCAAAGAGGACUGCGAGGAGUGGUGGGAGGAUUGCAAGGACUAUGUCACGUGCAAAGAGAACUGGCACAAGGGCUGGAACUGGGCAACAGGAACAAACCGCUGUCCUUGGGGCUCCAUGUGCAGACCCUUCAGCCAAGUCUUCCCCCGACCAAAAGACCUGUGUGAGAAAAUCUGGUCCAACUCCUACAAGUACACCACAGAGCACCGGGGCAGCGGGCGCUGCAUCCAGAUGUGGUUUGACCCUGCCCAGGGAAAUCCCAAUGUGGCUGUGGCAAAGUACUAUGCUUGGAAAAAGAGAUCCUCCCCUGCUUGGAUGGAGAAUGUGACUCCUGAGACUGACAAAGCUGUGUGUGCUCUGCCAUGGCCUGUCCUGGUCCUGCUGCUUCUGGCCCUCCUGGUGGUCCCUGAGGGAGCUGGGGGCUGUGGAUCCCAUGGGUGGGGGUCCCUGUGA